CAGAAGACAGUAAAAUUUCAUGCUGAUACGUUGUAAGCAGAAAGUAGCAGACUGAACUUCAUUGUGGACAGAUGUAAGGAGACUGAGAUGGCUGAGAAUAUCACUUUGACAACUGAGUUUAUCCUCACUGGAUUUACAAGGCACCAAGAACUGCAGAUUCUUCUAUUCAUACUUUUCCUUAUAAUCUACCUGAUAACCAUAAUAGGCAACAUUGGACUGAUGAUAUUAAUUUCAAUUGAACCCCGACUCCACUCACCUAUGUAUUUGUUUCUUGGUAACUUGGCAUUUAUGGAUGCUUUUAGCUCAUGUGCUGUUACUCCUAAGAUGUUAAGGAACUUCUUUUCUAAGGAUAGAAUGAUUUCCCUUCAUCAAUGUAUGGCACAAUUUUAUUUUCUUUGCUUUUCUGAAACUUCGGACUGUUUUCUCCUGGCAGCCAUGGCAUAUGACCGCUAUGUGGCGAUAUGUAAUCCACUUCAUUAUCCUAUCAUUAUGUCAAAGAAACUCUGCAUUCAGAUGAUCACUGGAUCACUCAUAGCUGGCAAUCUACAUUCCAUGAUUCAUGUUGGCUUUCUAUUCAGAUUAACUUUCUGUAAAUCGCGCCAAAUCAAUCAUUUUUUUUGUGAUGUUCUUCCUUUAUACCGACUCUCUUGUACAGACCCUUAUAUUAAUGAAUUGAUGAUAUUCAUCUUCUCAGGCUCAAUUCAAGUCUUCACUAUAGGUGUUGUCUUACUGUCUUAUCUUUACAUCCUUUUUACUAUCUUUAAGAUGAAAUCAAAGGAGGGACAAGGCAAAGCCUUUUCCACUUGUGCAUCCCAUUUUAUAUCUGUCUUAAUAUUCUAUGGUUCUCUUCUCAUCAUGUAUAUUCGACCAGGUGCAGUUAAUGAAGGAGCUAUAGACAUAUCCGUUGCUAUUUUUUAUACAAUAAUAAUUCCCUUUUUAAACCCUUUUAUUUAUAGCCUGAGAAACAAGGAAGUAGUCAAUGUCCCGAGAAAAAUUAUGGAGAAAAAAAUCUCAGGGGUGUUUGCAACAAAAUUUGUACAUUGAGGUUCCUGGGUUUGAAUGUGGUUAAGCUUGACCAAGUCUGUUAGAAAAGUAUAAAGUCUAAUUGAGAAAUUAAUUAAUGAAUACAGAAAUUGGGAACUAGGGGACUAUUAUUAUUUUAAUUUCAAGUUCAUAAAACAAGAUUAUUUUCAGAAUGGAUUGUGUCAGAGAGUUAGUCAUCACAAAAUUCAAGAAGUCAACAUACCACCAGAGGUAAAUGUGGAAAAGAAGAAUCUAUUGAACAUUAUCCAUAAUACCACUAUACCACUUCAGUAGGAAGUAUAAAGGAAGAUGUGUCAGCAUUGGGGAAUAGUAGCUGAUUGUGUACAAAGUCUUUCUCUUUCUUUGUGUUUUCAUUUCAAGUCCCUAGAGUAUAAGAUGUAUGAUAGGAAUAUAAAAUAAAUGAUUACUAGAAAAAUGCAACCAGAUUAAGUAAAACACACAAACAAAACCCCCCCAAACAAACACACUCCCCUCCAAAACUUCUCAAAAAUAGCCUUAACAUUCAAUGAAUUCAACAUGCUCACUCCUUGCUUAGAGAAGGCUCUUUUGCAGCACUGUUUGAUUCUGAACUUGAAGUUUUCUGAAAUGAUUGCUUUGGAAAGUGGAUUUAUACAGAAAGCACUUAUUACUUCAUGAAAGUCGUGCCAAACCUUGUUGUUCUAUAGUGGCAGUUGCCACACAAAUAUCAUUAAACCAUUAUUAGCAAAUUAAUCUGUAGUGACAAUUCAUCACG